GUGCUGUGCCCUACCACAAAAAGCGAGAUGACAUUCAUAAUUCCCAUACCUCUCUUUUGGACAUAGAUUAAGGACGUACCCGGGUCCUUAUUUGGGCACGAACGGUACAUAUUUUUUUUAUAUCUAGUAUCUAUACAUAAUUCAUAAACCAAUACUGAUGCCACCACUUAGUAGCUCAUUAAAGAAAAACAAAGUACGGGAUAACUAAACUAAGAAAUCCGUACAGUUUCCUUUUUUCGUGUAAUAUGCGACAAAAUAAUGACAUGGCUAUUGGGAAAAGUUGGCGAUGGACAAGAGAAGCCUUAUUCUUGGAAUAUUGCGUGUGCAGGUGAACUAUAUAGUCCUGGGAUCUGUAAUGAUGAGUUUUCUUCUUACUCGCAAUAAGCAUAAAUAUCUGGAAGAUAAUAUUAAUAAACUUGCCUUUUAUUCUAUCAGAAUUGAUACAGUUUCCUAUGAUUGCAUUUUGCAUUCUAUUACGUAAUAAUCUUUUCCUACUCCUCUACUGUUAUCUGUCAUUUAUGCAUUCAUUAACACGAAUAUAAGAACAUACAUAAAAGAUUUCAAGAAAAGUCUAUAUUGUCUAUUCCUCAUAAAAGCUCUUGUGCUUUUAUAAGCUAUAAUGUUACUGCGAUUAAUGGCUACCAACCUAACAAAACCAAAACGAAUACAGUUUUAAACUAAGUGCAUUGAUGCCAACUUACAAAAUAUUCAUUUGGUUGCAUAGUAAAAAUAAUUACGUCAUAAGUCAGAAACACGCAUGUGACACCCGUAAUAUAGCAACACCCAUAGACUACGAAGACCGCUUAGCGUUGCUUGUUAGUCUCCGUAGGCUACGGUGGCCAAAAUUGAGAAAAAACUGUCCAAAAAAUUAAUUUAGCAAGUAGCAAGUACCAGGGCCUCAUGAGUUACGAGGAGGUGUCGCCGACCGGCCGGCCGCGGCCCGGGCGGGCCGGGCGCGUAACAAGGUAUGCUCGCGCGUCUUGGCUAUAUACUUUUGCUGUAAUUUGUUUACCUAAAUUAAGAUUUAUUUUUGUUGACUCGUAGGAAAAAUAUUGUAUGCAACGUUGUAUAAGUAGGUCAAAAAAUUCUCGUGGCGUAUUCCUUUACAAUGUUCGCCUACGCCUUCGGCUCCGGCUCACAUUGUAACUCACGCCACUCGCCUUUUUUGACCCUUCUUAUACAACUGAUGCAUAAAAUACUAUAAGAGGCUGUCAAUACCUAAAGCGCGCACACUGUCUAUUUGUAUCGGAGUAAAUGAGAUAGCACUGUCGCAUGUUACUGGGCCUGGGCAAGGGAAUAAUAAGAAAAAUAUUUAAAUAAAAAAAGUGGAUUAUUAGUGUAAUAUUUUACUCAACCACGGUUUUGAAAUUGUGAUUUUAAUUGCAGACCCAUAAGUGAAAACAAUAAAGACAUAAAACCGUUUAAUUGUGAUUUUAAGACCAAUCUUUGCAAUUAUUUUCUAUCGAGCCGAUUUCGUUCAAUCGUGUAUCGAGUACAACCACGGUCUUUAAAAUAUAAUUAAUAUGAACAUAUAUUUAUCUUACUUGACUAAAACAAAUAGUCUUUCUUAAAAAACUGUUUAAGUAACAUCAAUUUCAAGGACAUUGGGUGUUGACAGCCUCUUAAUGAUAGUGGCCUUGUUGAAGAACAUUGAGGAGGAAAUGCAAUUACUUUUUCUUGUGAGAAAUAAUAAAGGACAAUAUGGAUGACUUAUGAAGAUGGGACAAUCAAUAGUGAUUAUAUUAUAUUAUAAUAUAGAUAUAGAUCUAUGGCAAUUUUCCACUAGAUGCAACUCUCUUAUUUAAGGUAAGUUUCUUGGGCAACCAAUUUCGUUAUGUUUGUUGUCUGUCUGUAACAAAAUUUUUAUUGUAUAUUUUCAGAUGGUAGCAUCGGCUGCGAUGUAUUUAGUGAUUUUAAUACAGUUUGACAGGCCAGAAUAAAUUCUGAGAUAAAUGCAAAUAAAUACCAAAAUUCAAUCAAAGAAUUGAAUAAUGAAUGGGUGUUAGCAUAGGUUUGUCUUAUGGUAAUCGCUGAUAAUGGGAUUAUUAAACCUGAUGUUAAAUUAUAUUACUGUUGCAUUUUCAUUUGUCUUGUCAUUUAUAGUUUCCUCGACACCCGUUGUUCAACGAGAAGUAAAUAAAAAAACCGGCCAGUAGCAUGUCGGGCUAUGCUCAGUGUAGUGUUCCGUAGCUACCCUGCCAUUACAAUAGGGUGCCUUGAACGUGGAUGAGGGGGGUGAGGAACAUACGACUUUUUACUAAGAAGGGGAAACUUUUUCUAUAUAUAUCUAAAACGACUUAAACGAUGUUCACUAUAAUUUUCUUUAAAGGUAUUUAUUAAGCUUUACUUUCACGCAUUCUUUUCAAAUGUUCUGGAUCCAUGGUUCAGAAGUUAGAGUUUGGGUAUUCGUAUUGAAAAACCUAUCCAACGAGACCCCAAACUAAAUGAAACAAAAAAAUUAUUCACUCUUAACGUUUAGGGGAGGUGCCCUAAGCAAUUUUUAUUUUCUACUUUUUAUUGUAGCUACAAAUUUUUGUUUCCUUACUUACAGACGCCCUUCAAGGCAGCCUAUUGUAACGGAUGGGUAACUACAGAACCCUAUACUGAGCAUGGCCUGACAUGCUCUUCGCCGGUUAUUGUAUAGGAUGUUUUUACAGGAGACUGUACUUAAUCCAUCAAAAUAUCAUUUCACGGUAUAUAUCUAGUCAAACUAUUGACCCUCGAUACUCGUAAACAUGUUAUGACUGCUAAUUAGGUAACACUAUCCAUACAUAAAACACCCAUUUUAAUUCUAAACCGACAUAAUAAUUAAAAAUACAUAAGUACAAGCUUUAAUCAUUUCCUUCAGUAUUUCGUCUAGCUGCACUAAGCAUGCAAGAAACAUGUUUGCUGCACUAAAAAAAUAUUUCUCUCCCGUUGUUCAUCAAAAUGAAAAACUAAGUUUGCUCCAGAUUUUUAAACCUAUCUACGUUUUACUCUCCACGCUCGGCUUAUUUCCUCAAGCCAUACUAUUUUCUGACGAUGGACAAGACGCCACUUUUGCUUGGUGUCGUGCCUUAUUCAUGAUAAUAUUAAUUCACAGCUUUUAUAUUUUUCAUUUACAUGAAUUGUACAUCUUUAGUAAAGAAAACUCUAUAACGCAAGGCUAUAUGACAUUAACGAAUUACAUUAUUGACCUAUCGUUGCAAGUAUUGUCCUGCACAGUCUCAUAUUUCCAUGUGAUUCGUGACAGAAAUCUGUACAGCAGGAUCCUUAAAGACAUGGCUGACCUCUGGGACAGAUUAGCCAAGGGUAGGAGGAGACAGAUUCUUGGACAAUUACGUGUUCAGAUGUGUGCUUUGCUGUGCCCAGGGACGGUAAUUAUCCCUUUACUAUUGGCUAUCACAUACAGGGGAUCUCUUCGUGUAUGGAAGAAGAUAUUGUUUACCGUAACUUUUAUUUUACCAGAGCUAAUACAAUUUCUAAUGAUUUCAUUUUAUUUGCUAAUGAUUUUGAUGAUAGUGGCGCUUUUGAAAAACAUUGAAGAGGAGAUUAAAAUCUUAGCUCUAAGAAAUAAUAUUUGUUAUAAUUUACUUGAAGCUGAUGAAUUAGGAAUGAGCAUACUCAAGAUAAAGAAUGUGUACGUGAAGACGCUAAAGAUCAAGCGGCAGGUGAACGCGGCGUUUGAGGCACUGAUCCUGGUGGCGAUGGCAGUGUGCUUCCACGAGCUAGUGGGUUUACCCCACAUGAUAUACCACGGUACGGUCUAUGUGCCGAACUUCUCUAUAAACAACACUAUCGGCCUCAGCCUAUGGGUUCUCACGCAGCUGCUUAAAAUGUCUGCUUUGGCGAUUUCUGGAGCCUUGUUGAAUUCACAGGUUAAUAAAAUUCGCCGCGCUGUCUACAACAUUCCGAUAAGCAGAGAUCAAGAUUUAAAGGCGUAUUUACUCAUACAACACUUUUCAUCACUGAUGUCUUAUCAAAACGCACAAAUUACUGUAUACGGCUACUUUUCAUUGGACGGAACUCUCAUAUUUAGGGUAGUGGCUUCAGCAGUCAUGUACUUAACUAUUUUAGUGCAGUUUGACCAAAUGUGACUACUGAAUUAUAUUAGAUGUUUAGUCUCCUACCUAGGCGACAUGAAUGAAAAAUGUUAAUCUCCAAACUGACCUUCGACAUCCUUCUUCUAUCAAAGCAUUAUUCAGAAAAAAAAAAACAUGUUCAAUACAAGCCUUUAUUGUC